AUGGGCUGCCAUGCAUCGCGUCCAAGUCGAAAAAGUGACGGUAACGAUGCGCCGCCAAACCAAGAGCCAGCAGACAUGCAAUGGCAGGAACCCCGGAAAGUCGCGCCUACCGUAAUGGAGCCAUAUGACUCGAGGCCCCUGCUGAACUCUACCGAACCUAAUAAUUCCUCCUUGAAUAGUGGCACAGCCUUUGUAUCUCUAUCCACUGCCGAACAGAGAGAGCCUACUGUCAGGACAUUGCCCGCGUUCAGCUUCGUCAAUGGUGGGCUGAUGGGCCCGUCAAGCCCUCCGGCCUUGGAAUCGGCGCAACCCAGCGCCAAAGGGCCGGCGUACCUCAAUACCCUCGCGAUACGCGCAUAUCGAUGUGAACGAGACCUGAUUAACGCCUACUACAUUUACAUCCAUCCCUACCUGCCACUACUUCCGCCACCCACGUUCCCACAGUAUGAGGACUGUUUCGCCGAGGUCGCGCCAAUCUCUUAUGAGGCCGACCAAUCAAUCCUCCCAUUUUGGCCAGAAUCCCCGCUCGCGCUCGCUAUAUCAGCACUCCUCGUCCUGAUCCCACUCCCCAAAGACCCAGAUCCACAGUCAGAAUCAGCCACAAUCAUCCGCCGGUCAUUUGCGCAACUCUAUGUGCGAUCAGCCGAACACGCACUCGAGAGCAAUAGCGACCACCACAGAAAUACCCAUAUCUCGUCUUACGCCUCUACAUAUACCUUCCACCCCUCGAGCCUGCUACAUCCGAAUAUCUUUGCAAACCUUGAGCCGAUUCUCGCCCUCCUCGUGUUGACUGUGUACGAUUAUUGCCAGAGCGGAAACAGGAAGCAGAUGCGCUCGCGAGCCCACCAAGCUCUGACUGCGGCCAUGGACUUGUCCCUCCACGCUCUGAGCGCAGACGCUGUGGACGCUCAGAGGCGGGCAUGGUGGAUGACUAUGUACCUCGCCUCUCAAGCAUCGAUAACGAAUCACUCAGCACCAAUUAUGUUGAUACAUGAUGUUCGCAUCACAACGCCAUAUCCGGAGUUCUGCAAUCGGCGCGAGACCUGGGAGCUUCUAAUGGAAGCGCAAAACGCCCUGAUGCGAGUCGGACCAAUAGCGAAAGAACUAUCGAAGAAACGUAACAGGACGAAUCUAUCGCGGACGACAGCCGACGAUAUCCGGCGACUCGACUCGACUGUUCUAGCCUUGGGAGCCAAAUUGGAUACUUCAAGCUAUUCCGUCGAGAAUGAGGGCGCCGAAGCAUCCGCUGCACGGAACUUGUGGAUGAUCUCUUUGCUCUUUGUUCAUACCGCGCGCAUCAAGCUCCACCGCUUCAUCGCAUUCGGCGACUCUCCACUCCUCCUUGAGAAAACCAGCGACCUCCGAACCGCCACCCUCGGCAACUUCAGCACCACAUCCCCAACACCAUCACAGCCCUGGACGCUAGACGUCGACUCCAGCUUCCCUUUCACCGCACAAGAGUCCACCGACAUAUGCCUCCGAUCUGCCCUCGUCCUCUCCCGAACGAUCCGCAACCUCCCCCCGCCAAAACUACAUUACUCUGACGGACCAUCCACCUCAAUGAUAUCAGCAAACCACACCGAGAAUCCCGUCACAAGCCUCACACGGUCACAUGCUUACCCCCGCUCUCUCCCCUACCUCUCCUGCUGCACAAUGCAAAGCUGCUACGUCCUCUCCAUGCUACUGCGCCGGCUCCGGUCAUGUCUAUGUACGCGCGAUCUCUCGGCAUGCUACUACCUGCUUCGCUGUGCGCAACCGGGGACGGAGAUUCAAGACGCUGAGCGCGCCAUUGAGGAGAUGCGAAAUGGAAUUGGCGCGCUGUAUGCGGCGCUCAAGGCUGAUAGCGUGUUUGAGGGCGUGGUGGAUAUGGCGAAGGAUGUGGAGAGUAUUUAUACAGCGUAUUUUCCGGGGGCGGGCGGGAGUAAUAUAUCUAUUUAA